GAGUUGUUUGGCACAAAUCACUGAUAGCUGUUUUAAAUUGUCGAUCCUUGGUGAAGAAGAACACGAACAAUGUCUCGAAAUCCUGCAUCAUCGCAGUCAACAUCGUCAUCAACAUCGUCAUCGAUCGUUAGUCAAGGCGGUGAUGAAAAUUAUGUCAAAUUAAUUCGUCAAAUGACUCUAAUUGAUUGUAUUUCGAUAGUGAUUGGUAUAAUCAUCGGUGGAGGGAUCUUUAUAUCCCCUAAAGGUGUAUUGGUGAAUACUGGUAGCACUGGAUGGGCGUUGGUGGUAUGGGUGUUAUGUGGAGUAUUCUCUAUGUUUGGAGGACUAUGCUAUGCUGAGCUUGGGACAACAUUCAGAGUAUCUGGAGGAGACUUCUCUUUCAUCCUGGACGCUUUUGGACCAGUCCCUGCUUUUGUGAGAAUAUGGACUCGAAUAGUAGCUGUUAGAACAGGUUCAAGGGCUAUCAACUCGGUUUCGUUCGCGUAUUAUGUUCUUUUACCUUUCUACAUGGGAUGUGAAGUUCCAUUUACUGUGACCAGACUCAUAGGGGUCGCUCUCCUUCUUUUAAUCGUUAUCAUCAACUCUCUAAGUGUUCCACUGACGCGUAAGAUCCAAGUUGCAACAUCGGCCUGUAAAGUGUUGGGUCUUAUCGUAAUUAUUGUUGCUGGUUUCUACCAACUUGUAAAAGGCAAUACAUCGAAUAUAGACACUGCUUUUGUUGAAGGGUCUAUAAAAUGGAAGACAAUACCUCUAGCUUUCUAUUCUGGACUUUAUGCUUACUCGGGAUGGGAAUUUCUUCCUUCGAUAAGUGAAGAAAUCAUCAAUCCAGGAAGGACAAUUCCCUUGGCGAUUAUAAUAUCUGUCAUCUUCGUCACCAUCAUUUACGUUCUCGCCAACAUUGCUUACUUCACUGUGCUUAACUCGGCUGAACUCCUUGCUUCCAGCGCAGUUGCCCUGGACUUUGGUCAGCGUGUUUUUGGAAGCUGGUCAUGGAUUCUUAGUGUUGUAGUUGCCAUCUCUAUAGCAGGCAACUUGAACGGUGGAUCAAUAACUUUUGCCAGAGUAUUAUUAGUAGCAUCUCGUGAAGGACACAUCCCAAAGGUUCUCUCGAUGGUGCAUAUAAAUCAGAAGACUCCACUUCCAGCCGCCGCAGGCCUGCUACCUAUCUCAAUCAUAAUGUUGAUAAGUGGGGAUGUCAGUAGUUUGAUCAACUACACUGGUUUUGCCGGCUGGUUCUUCACUGCUUUAGCCUGUGCGGUUAUCCCGUAUUAUAGAUGGAAGUAUCCUAACCUGAAACGUCCCUUUAAGGUUCCUCUGGUGAUACCAAUCAUCUUCGUAUUCUGUGCAUUGUUCCUGGUUGGUAUGUCAAUCUACAGCAGCCCUGUAGAUUGUGGAAUAGGUUUAGCCAUUACUCUUCUCGGGAUACCAGUCUACUAUGUAGGCGUGGCUUGGAAGAAUAAACCUCAAUGGUUCAAAAAUGGAAUGGAUAACCUGACAGUUUUCUUGCAGCAGAUAUUGAUGGUUGUUCCACAGGAGGGCGAUGAUGAGACGAAGGAAAAACUUCAGUUUAAGGCUGAAUAGAAUUGGGCCUAAGAGCGCUGAAAAACACACAAAAACGUAUGGAAGAUGAGAGCAUA